AUGGGGGGAAGGACUAAAUCCCCUGGGCAAACGUUGCUCACUGCUUUGCCAUUCUCCUCCGAGAUCAUGUCUUAUAAAGUGCCCGGCGACUUCAAAUUCCCGGAACAAGCCACCUUUGACGGAUCCGGAGACCCACGCGAGCAUCUGCUCAGUUAUCAGGCCAAGAUGCAAGUCUUAGGAGUCCGAGACCCGGUAAUGUGUCGCGCCUUCUUGCCCACGCUAAAAGGCUCGGCACAAAGAUGGUUAGUGGCGCUGCCUCCGGGAUCGAUUCACAAUUUCGAGGAGCUGGUCGAUCGCUUCAUGAGCCAUUAUGCGGCCAACAUCAAACCACAGAAGGAUUUGACUCAUCUGGGAGACGUCCACCAAGAAGAAGGUGAGUCCUUGAAAACCUACUUGGUUCGAUGGCAAAAGGAGAUCCAGUAUAUCGAGGAGGUCGAAGACCAGACCGCACUCACUUUCUUCAUCGAGUCCUUGCGAUCCGGGCAGUUAUACCAGGAUCUGCGGGAUAAUCGCCCGGCCACCUACGCGGAAGCCAUAGAUAUGGCUAAUAAGAGGGCUAACACGGAGCAGACCAUGAAGCAUAAACGGCAGCGUGAGGUCGGAGGAUCCGCCGGUGGAAAGAGGACCCGUGCGGAAACCAAGGAAAGACGCCCGGAAGGGGCUCGGCGACCCGAAGGUAGGCGUCCCUAUGACAAGCCUAUUGUCCAUCCCUAUAGGACGGUUCCUCAACACCCGGUACACGAGGUACAAGCGGUCGCUCCACCUCCGCCCCCACCGACUGACGAUCGCGUUACUAACGAAGAGACAGGUAAGAACUCUAAGUACUGCCGCUAUCACAAAUCUUACACUCACAGCACGGAAGAGUGCUUUUACUUGAAAAAGAUCAUGGAAGGAAUCAUCCAACAAGGGACCCCGCCUCCUAAUCAGUGGAGGCGGAGGUCGGCGGCACGGGAGGACAGUGACCCCGCAGUCGCCGCCGAGAGCAGUCGCGGCAAGCAGCUCGUGACCGAGGAAGAUGAGGCCCAACACCAGAAAGGCCUGGCCUGGGCUCGACAGUUGUAUGUUGGUACAGUAUAUGGGGGCGAAGAAGGUUCGAAGAAAGUGUGCCGGGAGCCUAUCAUGUUCACUGACAAAGACCUACCCACGGGGAAGACACCGCAUCGAGAUGCCCUGGUCAUAGCGAUGGACGUAAAUGGGGUAGUCGUUCGAUGA